UGUACACAGAAUCUCUACUGACACAUAAAGAGAGAGAGAGAGAGAGAGAGAGAGCAAGUGACCCCAUCAAUGGUGUUUUAGCUAUUCACCUCCAUUAAUUUAUGUAGAGUAGACCCUUCUCUUCAAACCUUUUUUUCUCCAUUACUCUCUCUAUUUCAGAUCUUCUUUACCAACCUCCAUCAACAAAAACGACUUACCAUAUUUUUCCUCGCCUUUUCUUUUCUUCCAAAGCAAUUAUCUUACCAACUUUUUCUUCUCUUCUGUAUGGAGAGGCCUUUCAAUUUUGAUGAAUCAAUCAAAAACUAAUAUGGAGAUCACCACCAUCACCAGGGCAUUUUUACUUUUCUCAGUCUUUUUCGUCUCAGCUUCAUCUCAAUUCACCGACCUGUUCUACCCGGGAUUCAAAGAGGUCGCCGCUACUAACAAUCUAACCUUAACAGGAGUUGCACAGAUUCAAACAAAUGGUAUCUUGAAACUAACCAACGACAGUCGAAGACUCAUUGGCCGUGCCGUUUCAGGCUCUAAGAUUCGACUAAAGAACUCCACAGACGGUAAAGCUUUCUCCUUUUCAACUUCUUUUGCUUUCACCAUAGUUCCAGAGUACCCCAAGCUCGGUGGCCAUGGCUUCGCUUUCACCAUAGUACCUUCCAUUGAUACAAAGGGUCUUCCGAGUCAGUAUCUUGGUAUCUUCAACGCUAGUGACACUGCUGGCAACUUCUCCAACCACAUCUUCGCUGUUGAGUUCGAUACAGUUCAGGAUUUUGAGUUCGGAGAUAUCAAUGAUAACCAUGUCGGAAUCGAUAUCAACAGCUUAAACUCAACUUAUGCUGAGACUGUUUCGUAUUUCGACGAUAAUGAUCCUUCCAAGAGAACUAAUUUCAGUCUCAAUGGGAAAGCUAUUCAGGCUUGGAUUGAUUACGACUCGGCUAAGAAUCUUCUCAACGUGUCGGUGGCUCCGUUUUCGAAGAAGCCAAAAAACCCUCUUCUUUCGGUUCAGACGAACUUGACACCGAUUUUUCAAGAGUUUAUGUACGUGGGGUUCUCUGCUUCGACGGGCUUACUCGCCAGCUCUCACUACGUCUUAGGUUGGAGCUUUAAAGUUAACGGUCAAGCUCGAGCUCUUGACAUGGCUUCUCUUGCUUCUCUCCCUGGUCCAAAGAAAAGCCAUACGGCUAUGGCGAUCGGAACCGCGGCUUCAGCAACGGUGGUUUUGAUCUCGGCAAUCUUGAUCGCCGUUUACCUCUUUUACAAGAUCAAGAACGCUGAUCCGAUCGAGAAAUGGGAAUUAGAGCUCGGCCCACAUCGUUAUUCCUACAAAGAACUCAAGAAAGCCACGAAAGGUUUCAGAGAGAAGGAGCUUCUUGGCUACGGCGGAUUCGGGCGAGUUUACAAAGGAACGAUUCCGAAAUCCAAAAUCCAAGUCGCGGUUAAGCGAGUUUCGCACGAAUCAAAACAGGGUCUCCGUGAAUUCGUGGCCGAGAUCGCCAGCAUCGGCAGACUCCGUCACCGGAACCUGGUUCAACUUCUGGGAUGGUGCCGUCGACGUGGUGAUCUCUUAUUGGUCUACGAUUUCAUGUCCAAUGGGAGCUUGGACAAGUACAUAUUCGACAAGCCCAAAACGAUUCUGAACUGGGAACAGAGAAUCAAAAUCAUUAAAGGUGUGGCUUCAGCUCUGUUGUACUUACACGAAGGCUUCGAACAAGUGGUGCUUCACCGAGACGUAAAAGCCAGCAAUGUAUUACUAGACAGUGAGUUAAACGGUCGACUCGGAGACUUCGGACUCGCCAGGCUCCAUGACCACGGCUCGAACAUGAGCACCACACGUGUGGUGGGGACAUUGGGGUAUUUAGCACCGGAGCUACCCAGAACGGGAAAAGCCACGACGAGCUCAGACGUGUACGCUUUCGGGGCUCUAUUGCUCGAAGUGGCAUGCGGGCGGAAACCCAUUGAGCCAAACGCUCCGCCGGAGGAGUUGGUCUUGGUUGACUGGGUGUGGGACUAUUACAAAGCCGGGAGAGUCCUCGAAGUGAUAGACAGGAGGCUGAAUGACCAGUACGACGUCGUUGAGGCAGUGAUGGUGGUGAAGUUGGGGUUGAUGUGCUCGAACGAUGGGGUGCUGGCUCGGCCUAGCAUGCGACAGGUGGUGAGGUAUCUCGAAGGAGAGUCUAUGGUGCCGGGAGAGUUGAGAGCCCCAGAUGAUGUGUUGGAAGGGAAGAAAGAUCAGAUAGGUAUUGGUGAGGGCUUUGAUGAUUUUCUGCACUCGUUUCCAUCAUCUUCGUUUGAAAAACUAAGUGGGUCUUAUUCGUUUAGAGGGAAUGAUAAUAAUAAUAAUAGUAAUAAUAGUCAUAAAGAUGGUAUGGACCAGAGUUUUGCUUCUCUUUCUACUUCUCCUCUCUCUCUUCUCCGACAUGGUAGAGGAGGUGACACUACUAGAUUCUCAGGAUAGCUAAACUGCAUGCAAAUCAUGAUUAUAUACACAAUGUAGAUAGAGAGACUCAUUUGGAGUAUUGAAUCGAUAACUAUAGUGUUAAUUUUUCUUGUUUGAAAUCCCAAUAUUGGCUUUGUGUUUAGCUACACUAAACCAGACUUUUCAAUAUGGUAUCAUUAUUAAUUUCUAUAUGCAAUUAUGCAACUAAUAUGUAAGGGUUUUGGCAUGGUUUGAUGUAGAGUUUGAUUAAUGUCUCUUUUGUUGUUGUUGUUGUACUUGUACUAAUCCAUUUUCCUCAUAUUUAUUCA